AUGCCUGCGACGGACUCGGCGGCAGUUGUUGUAGCGCGGUUCCUGAAAGCCAACCAUUAUAAUGAGACUCUCGAAGCGUUUCUGCUAGAAUCGGGUUUGCCCGAGGAGGCAGCAAUCACCAAAAAGGGCGACUGGACGAUAGAGAAGAUCCUCGAAGAAAAGCGGCAGUAUGACUCCAGCCUGGAGUAUGAGAAGAAAGGCGACGAACAAAUGACCGGAUGGCCUCUCCCGACGCCCUCAAUAGCAACCGAACCAGGGUUUCAGGUCACUUCGAACGUCUUAUGCGUGAGCGGCGAUGGCAAUGGUGAGUCCGAGGACAGCAUUAUCUGGGCAACUGGAGCCGAUCGAUCAUGGUCGUCCAUGAUUCCCUCGCCUCCGUUCUCGCUGGUUGAGUCCAUCUCCAACGCUCACGGGAGUCCUAUCUUGUCCAUAAGUUCUAUAGCCAAGCGAUUUAUCCUGUCGACCUCCAUGUCUGGACAACUCAUGAUACACGACAAUUCAGGACGACUGCUCGAUAAAUGCCGCGACCACCUGAAGUAUGCGGUUCGGGUGGUUUCAGGACGUACACGGGACGGCAAAUGGAUCGUGGCGACUGCAGGAUGGGAUCAGAAAGUCCACAUCUAUGCGCCAGAGUAUGAGCUGGCAGAAAACUUCAACGUCAACGAACUAAAUGCCGCCGAUGAGGGGCCAUAUAUUGACGGGCUUCUGCGCGAUCCGAUCCACACUAUAUCCAUGCCAUCGAACCCGGAGUCUUUGGUGCUUAUUCGGCAUCCCGACAGCGAUGACCUUUAUCUGAUCGUAUCCCGUCGAGACUCGACGUUCUUAUAUUACUACUGUAUUACACCUACCUCAGAUGAGGCUUCUUCAUCGCGGACAAGUGAGGCCACGUACUCUGUCCAAGAGACGGGCAAGCAGAAUCUAGCACCACACGCUAAUGCAUGGAUUGCCUUCUCCCCAGCUUGCCUCGCCGUCUGCCCGACAGAUCCUACCUUGCUAGCUGUGGCCACAUCUCAUCUCCCUCACAUGAAAGUUAUCAUUGUCCGUCUUCUCUUCCCGUCAAGCUCCUACAAUCCAGGCUCCAAUUCAGCAGCCGUUUCUGGUCCGUCGGAGUUUGUAACUCCAGCGGCUCAGGCUCGAGCAGAUCUCGCUUUGCAGGAUCGUGAAGAUGCUGCCAUAAAGCUACAUGUGACGACGAUGGCGCCUCAAACUCCGUAUUCGAACCCGCAAGUUGUAUGGCGGCCCGGUGGUCAUGGUGUCUUCGUAAACGCUGACGACGGCGUCAUCCGCGGUAUCGAUACACAGAGUGGCAAGGUCAUCGCUAUGCUCAAGGCGCACGAGAUUGGAAGUAAAGUACGAACGCUAUAUGCCGGUUGGGAGCAAGGCGGGAAGAACGAGAUGCUAGUUAGUGGAGGGUUCGACAAGAAGAUCGUUGUCUGGAGAGUAGGAGAAUAA